AUGUCAAGUGAAAUAAUACCGGUUAAUACAUUAGUAAAUAAUCGUAACCAAGGUGAUGGAGAUUGUAUACAUGAAAAACCAAUACAUGAUUCUAUUUAUGUUCUAACAUUAAAUCAUGAAGAUACUAUUAUGAUUCAUAAUGAUAAUACCAAUGAAAUAGAUAGUAAUAGAUUAUUUAAAUAUUCAAAAUCUUCUAUUCAUCAUGAUGAUAACAAUAUUCAAAAUAAAUUAAAAGAGAAUCGAAUUAGUAAAGUAAUUUCUAAUACAAAUUAUAAUAAAUCUAUAAUGGAUACAAAUAAUUGUUAUUCAACAUCAAUGGUACAAUUGUAUUCUGAUCAUAACAUAUACGGUGAUGAUAAUAUUCCUAUAUGUUUAAAUAGAUCAAAUACACCAUUGUUACAAACUACUAGUACAAUGAAUAGUAAUGCAAUGAUUUGUAAACAUAUUGGUAAGGAAAAACAUUUAGUAAUAAAAGAACAAGAAAUAUUGACAAUAUUAGACAAAUUGAAUAGAAUAUCCUGUAUAAGUAAUGGGAAUUCUAAUGUUUUAUCAAUGUCUAGUGGUAAUCCAGAAAAUAAACCAAACAUUACUGUAGCCUCACCAGUAGCAUCGACAAAAUCAGUAACAUUAACAGAUUUAAAAAUAAACAACGAAAUUUCAACAACUUAUAGUCAAUCAUCAUCGGAUAUUGAUAAUGCACAUAACAUUUCUAGUUGUAAUUAUCCUGAUGAUGCAAGUAUUUAUCACAGAAAUGUCAGUGGAUACAUUGAUGAUGUUGUUACUUCUGACAUUCAUAAAAUAACUUCAAGUCGUAAUGGUAACAAUUCACUUAAACAAAAAAAUCUUGACAAUUUUUUCAAAAAUAAUAUGAAAUCACAAGAAUCUUGUUCAACAACAACAACAACAAUAACAGUAUCAAUCAAUACAUCACCGGUCUCUUCAUCAUCAUUUAGUGUCAACCAAUCAAAUAGUCUUGAGUUAAAUCAACAUCAACGACAGAAACAAAUACAUCAUGAUCAUAGAACUCUUGUCUCUUCAUUAUGUCCAUUUGAUUCUCCUUAUUUAUUAAGUCAAUGUUCAAGUAAAUUUGCUAAGAAAAAACCGGUUACUACUACUACUACUACGACUACGACUAAUAAUAAUAAUAAUAAUAAUAAUAAUAAUAAUAAUAAUUCUACAGUACAUGAUCAUAAGGUAAAUAGAAAUGAUAUGAACAAUCAUUUACAUUCAUCAACUUCAGUUAGCAACAAUCCCCAAAAUCGCUGUUUAACAACUACUGAAAACAGUGUUAAUAGUCAUAGUGAUAACAACAAUGAUAAGUAUCCAACGAAUAAUUCAUAUGAUAUAAACAUAACAGUAAAUAAUAAUAAUAAUAAUGAUAAUUACAAUGAUGAAACCAAUUUAAUAAUCAAUUACCUACCACCAUAUAUGUCACAAGAACAAGUGAAAGUAUUAUUUUCUACAUGUGGUAAAGUUGAAAGUUGUAAAUUAAUACGUGAUAAAUCGAGUGGUGAAAGUCUUGGUUAUGCAUUUGUAAAAUAUUCACAAUCAAAUGAAGCACAACAAGCAAUAAAUACAUUGAAUGGUUUAUCAUUACAAAAUAAAACAAUUAAAGUAUCAUUAGCUAGACCAAAUUGUGAAUCAAUUAAAGGUGCAAAUUUAUAUAUUUGUGGUUUACCUAAAACAAUGACACAAAAUGAAUUAGAACAAUUAUUUAGUCAAUAUGGUCGUAUUAUAACAGCACGUAUAUUAUAUGAUAAUAAGACAGGUAUAUCACGUGGUGUAGCUUUUAUACGUUUUGAUCAUCGUUAUGAAGCUGAAUUAGCUAUACAACAAUUAAAUGGUCAUCAACUACCAUCUAAAUAUUCAAAUGAUAUACUAAAUAGACCUAUUACCGUGAAAUUUGCCAAUUCACCAAAUUCAAUAAAAUUUGGUAAUCUUAGUUUUGAAUUAUUAAAAAAAGCAGCUCAAUUACAAGCUGUUACAACAUCUAUUGCUACGCCAUCAUCAUUAUCACGAAAUGCUACUUCAGCAGUUAUCGCCGCAGGUUUAUUAAAUCCACUACAGCAACAAAUAGCGACAAUAUCGAAUCGAUUAAAAUAUUCCAUUACAUCACCUAGUUCCACUGAAACAGACCUACUUUCGACAAUGGCUAGUACUGUAGCUAUGAGCAAUUCAAUUUUAGCACCGACAAUUGUAGCAAGUACUGGUGGCUUAACACCUGAUGGUUGGUGUAUAUUUGUAUAUAAUUUAGCUCCAGAAGUAGAAGAAUCUAAUUUAUGGCAACUAUUUGGUCCAUUCGGUGCUGUACAAUCUAUUAAAAUUAUAUAUGAUACAAGUAAUAAUAAAUGUAAAGGUUUUGCUUUUGUUACAAUGAGUAAUUAUGAAGAAGCUGUAUUAGCGAUUCAUUCAUUAAAUGGAUUUAUAUUAGAUAACAGAAUUUUACAAGUAUCAUUUAAAAUAACCAAUAGUAAAGCAAGAUCAUUUGCAUUGAGUGCAUUAUCAUCAUCAUCAUCAUCAUCAUCGUCAUCAUCGUGUCAAUCAAAUUCUAUGUCUUUUAAUACAUUAAUAAAUUCAUCAACCAUACAACAAACAUUAUCAAAUCAACAAGAUCAUUUUAAUUCAGAGACAAAAAUUGGCACCAAAAAUUCACUGAACAAUUAUACAUCAAUUACAAGUAAUUAUGAAACAAAACAAACACAACUUCAACAACACACAUCACAAUUACAUCAUCAAAAUAAUCGAAAAAAAUUAUCUACAGAAUUAAAUGAUCAUACUUCUUUCAAAUCAAUCGUUACAAAUACACAGGAGAAAUCUGUUUUCACUAAACAUUCACCUAUCCAAUUAUUAACAAAUAAUUCUAACAAAGUAAACAAUAUUAAUAGUAAAUAUAAUAAAACAGUAUUAAAUAGUAAAACACCGACAGAAUUAUUUGAUUCAUUCAUAGUUGAACUACCAAUUAAAUCAAAACAUCUAAAUUUAGUAAAUAAUUCAAAAAAAACAAACAAACAAAUAAAUAAAACUAGAAAUUUACAAAAGAAAAAACGGUGACUUUAAAAAAAAAGACAACAUACUAAACAAAAAUCUGUCAUAGUAAUCACUUGUAGAAUAUAAUAGACAAAAGAUAGAAACAAAUAAUAAGGUCUUAUGAACCAGUAGUAGAUCAUUAUUGAUUAGUUUUUUUCUCUCUCUCUCUCUCUAUAUAUAUAUAGGGGGAGAGGGGGGUAGAGAGAGAGAGAGAGAGAGAAGGAUUUCAUGCCUUCAUUUUUCAAUAUUCAUUUUAUUCACAGUAAACUCAAUAUCUACUUAGUUAAUUUUUUUUUGAUUUCAUUUCAAUUUAUUGUAUUAGGUUAAAUUCAAUGUUGAGUUUUAACGAUAAGUUUAUAUUUUUGUUAUUCUAUUCAUUUUAUGUUUAGUUCAUGUUAAACACAUUGUAUUGUAGUAU